AUGGCCGCUCUCGCCAGUUCCCUAAUUCGCCAGCGAAGGGAGGUCAAGGACCCCCAGGCGAACCGGCAGAUCGCCAGCAAGCGCAAGCCCUGCCCAAAGAGCAACAAGUCGCUCUGCCAGAAGCAAAUCCUCAUAUUAAUAUCGAAAGUUCGACUAUGUGGCAGUCGAGGAAGAAAAAUGGAAAAAAGACCAGAGCCCCAGCUGAAGGGCAUCGUCACGCGGCUUUACUGCAGACACGGUUUCUACCUCCAGAUGCUGCCGGGUGGCACCAUGGAAGGCACAAAGGACGAAAGCAGCUCCUUCUUGCAGUUCAACUUGAUUCCUGUGGGGCUCAGGAUAGUGGCCAUCCAGAGCACCAAGACAGGGCUGUACGUCGCCAUGAACAGCGAGGGCUACCUCUACACUUCGGAACACUUCACGCCGGAGUGUAAGUUUAAGGAGAGUGUGUUUGAGAACUACUACGUCACCUACUCAUCCAUUCUGUACAGACAGACCCAGUCAGGACGGGCGUGGUACAUCGGCAUCAACCGAGAUGGACAGGUCAUGAAAGGGAACCGUGUCAAGAAGACAAAGGGGGCUGCACACUUCCUGCCUAAACUCAUUGAAGUGGCCAUGUACCGGGAGCCCUCUCUACACGACGUUGCAGAGCAGAGUCCGCCCAGGAAAACGCCUAAGACCUCCAAUGACUCGCCAGUGCUCCAGAACGGCAAGAAGGACCCUCAAUCCAAAACCAAAACCUCCACCUCCUAGCGCUUAAAGACACGGGUUGGAGGAGGUUGUGGAGGAUACAGGGCACUUGGCACCAGCGGACACCUGAACAGAG